AUGAGUCGCUUCUAUUUCGGCGACGACUCGCGCUCAGCGUCCAGCGACAACGACAAUGACGACGAAGACAACCUCUCCACCCUCCCCUUCGCAACGCCCCUACGCCGAUCGGACUUCCUCACCCCAAAUUUCUCACCCGCCACCUACCUCUCCACGCUCCACAACCGACACCAAACCCUCGAAGACCUACGUUCAGAAUUGCGCUCGCGGUCGCAACUCCUCUCAAAAGAACUCUUAGAUCUCGUCAACAGCAACUACCAAGACUUUCUCAACCUAGGCAACAGCCUCCAUGGCGGCGAGGAAAAAGUAGAGGAGGUGCGAGUGGGGCUUCUGGGAUUCAGGAAGGAAGUUGAUGGUUUGGUUGGUGUGGUGGGGAAGAGAGAGGAGGAGGUUGGGGAGUUGUUACAAGAGAGGAGGGAUGUCAGGGAGAAGAUUGAAGUAGGGAGACGGCUGGUCGAUUAUGAUGCUAGGCUGAAGGAACUGGAGGCUGAGCUCAUGAUUGAGGCAGCGGGGCACGAGACAAUCAUUCUCGGAGAGGAAGUCUCGGACAGUGAGGACGAGGACGACGAGGACGACAACGACGAGGAGGAAAAAGAGGGGUAUGGGGUGUCGAUUGCCAAGUUGAGGCGGAAUGUCGUGUAUUACCGGUUGGUGCUGGGAUUACAGAAAGACUUGGGCGAGCAUCCGUUUGUGGCAGCCCAGGCAGCUAGAUUAGCAAAGGUGCGAAGUACAUUGUUGAUGGAUCUGAGCACUGCAUUGCAGCAGGCGAAGGGUGCUGGCAUAUCUGGCGCUGGCCGUGUGACGAAAGUCAUGAAGAUAUACGCCGACAUGGAGGAAUCCGCCGAGGCCGUCAAGGUCCUCAAAACAUUCAAGUCGUCAUAA